AAACAUUGCAUAUUUUAUUAUAUAUUGAUGUCAAAUCAGAUUUGGAUUAGUUGAUCUAUAGAUUAUCAGCAUAGCAUAAAUGAGCUUGGGCCAGGGCCAGAAUUUUACCCUUUAACCACGACCCUUGGAAGAAUGCAUUACUCCUUGUUUGGAAACUGAGCUCGGAAUUCGGAAACGUUUAUAUAGCCUGAAAAUCCUCAAUUAAGACUUCACCGUGAAGCUUAAACAAAAUUUACAAAAACAACCACUUUUUUUUAUUGUAAAAGAAUAGUUUUUUGUAAAAGGAAAAAAUGAGGAUUAGACUUGAAGAUCAAGGUAUUGCGACUGGUUCAAGCACUAGCAAUGAUUCUUCUGAAGAGAGUGAGAAUAUUAAAGAGAAAUUUUUUGAAAAAUAUGUUCCUCAACAUGUUUUAACUAAGACGGAAGAAAUUUACAAUCAACUUAAUGAUAUUAGCCAAAAAGCGGUCGUCUGUUUAAGAGAAAUUUAUGAAUUUACCAAAAAAAUUCCAAAGCCUACACUCUUUUUAUUAACUUUUUUAUUAACUUUAAUUGGAUUGCCAUUAUUUUAUAUUACUUCAACUAUUUUAAGCAUAUUUUAUUUACCAGCUACAGAUCUAAUCUGUAAAGUUACUCCUUAUUCCGAUUCAGCUUUUUCAUUUUGUGAAUUUUCAAUUCCCAAUUUUACUGGUUUGGUUAAAGCUCAAGUUGAAGCACAAGAGCGACUAUUAGAACAAGCGGCAGAACUUGACUCAGAAGGUUCAUUGGCUCAUGAUAUUAAGAAAGCUGAAUUAGCUACAAAAGAUUUAAUGCAAGUUGUUAAACAUUCUAAAUUACAAUACAAAUCAAUUUUAACUGAAAAAUUGAAAGAGUUCACCGAAGCAAGUUUUGAAACAAAUAGCGUUCUUCAAACCUUACAAGUUAGAGCUCAAACUUCUUUGGACAAUACAUUAACAUAUAUUGCUUUUACUUUUCAAGCUAUGGAAGAAUUAAAUGGAAAAGUUGUCAACCCAAGAAAAAAAAGAGAUUUGACUAAACUUCAUGAUAGUCUUAUGGAAUUGGCCGAUGGGGAUCUUCGAAAACUGAUUGUUGCCACAGAUCAUGCAUUAAAAGCGCUUAAGAAACUUGAUGACAAGCAAAGUUCUAUUCAUGAGAUAACGUCUCUAGAAGAAUCUUUACAAAAAAUUGGUCUGAAAGAAUUACUUUCCGAACUUUGGACACGUCUUGGUGGGAACAGUGUGGAAAGAAACAUCUUUGAAGAUAAUCUAAAAUUACUUAAAACACUUGAGAGUCAAAGAGGAAUUGCUGUUGAAAGAAUUUCUUCGAUUAUGCAAAAUCUCGAAAAAUUUCAAAAGCAAUUGAGUAUUUUACGUGAUGAAACUGUAACACGUCUUUUGGUCAAUAUUCCCGUAGAAGUUCAAUUAACUAAUAUUAAGAAAGCUUUAAUGAGGCUGCAAAAUAAUGAAGUUGUUGUUGGUGUAAGAAAACCCAAUAAGACUGAAAACAAGACUGAAAACAAGACUGAAAACAAUAGUGAGAACAAUACUGAAAACAAUACCUAGAACGAACCAUUAUGUAGAGAACCGAUUUAGUAAAUGAACAUUAAUAAUUAUAUAUAGUAAAGCAUUUUUUUUUAUCUUAACAUUUGUAUCUCCAUUUCUUUUUUUGUCUAUAUUUUUUAUUUCGCACUAACAAUACUAAAUAUAAAUAAACAUGCCGAUCGUUCCGAAUAUGCUAAAUUUUGUCGCACAAAUCUUUAACAAUUAAAAAUUGAACAAUAA